AUGACUACCCAGAAUGCAGCAGUAAUUGACGGCAAAGCCUAUGCAGCAUCCGUGCGCGAAAAAGUCAAAGCGGAUAUUGCGGCGCUCAAGAUUAAAUAUCCUCACUAUGCUCCUCACCUGGCCGUUGUGCAAGUCGGUGCACGAGAAGACUCUUCCGUCUACGUGAGAAUGAAGAACCGAGCUGCUCAAGAGGCUGGCAUUCAAUUCACUCAUCUGAAGCUCCCCGAAACCAUCACUCAGUCCGAAUUGCUCCGUAAAGUUAAGGAACUUAAUGAUGACUACCGAGUCCACGGUAUCCUCGUUCAAAUGCCCCUUCCCGCUCAUCUCGAUGAAGCUGAGGUUGUCGAAGCUAUUGAUUAUCAAAAAGACGUCGAUGGUUUCCACGCUGUCAAUAUUGGUAAUAUGGCUAAAAAGGCCGCCGUGCCUCUCUUCCUUCCCUGCACACCCAAGGGCGCCAUCGCUCUCUUGAAAUCCACCGGUAUCGACAUUAGUGGCAAAAACGCCGUCGUGGUGGGUCGUAGUGAUAUUGUGGGUGCUCCUGUGGCUACAUUGUUGACGGCUGAAAAUGCAACCGUCACCGUAUGUCACUCUCGCACCAAGGAUAUUGCUGCUGUUAUUGGUACGGCCGAUAUCCUGGUGGUGGCCAUUGGUAAGCCCGAAUUCGUCAAGGGAAGCUGGAUCAAGCCCGGCGCUAUCGUUAUCGAUGUUGGUACCAACGCCAUUCCUGAUGCUACGCGUAAAUCUGGCACCCGUUUGGUCGGUGACGUCGAGUACAGUGAAGCGGUCAAAGUGGCCAGUGCCAUUACUCCUGUCCCCGGUGGUGUCGGUCCUAUGACUGUGGCCAUGUUGAUGGAAAAUACCCGCGUCAGUUCCGAGCGAUGGCUGUACAAGAGUGAACAGCGUCAAAUCAAGCCUUUGCCUUUGACUCUGCAGACGCCCGUUCCCAAAGACAUUGAAAUCGCAAAGUCGCAAACCCCCAAACCCAUCGGUGAACUCUGCCAAGAACUUGGCCUCGGUGGUAGCGAAUACGAGCUCUACGGCAAUACAAAGGCCAAGAUCGGCUUGGAUGUGUUGAAGCGCCUUGAACAUCGCAAGGAUGGUCGCUACAUCGUGGUCACUGGUAUCACGCCUACUCCUCUUGGUGAAGGCAAGUCCACCACGACCAUUGGUCUUGUUCAGGCGCUGGGAGCCCAUUUGAACAAGGUCGCUUUUGCCUGUGUACGUCAACCAUCGCAAGGUCCUACCUUUGGUAUCAAGGGCGGAGCCGCCGGUGGUGGCUAUUCGCAAGUCAUUCCUAUGGAUGAAUUCAACCUGCAUUUAACCGGCGAUUUGCACGCUGUGACCGCCGCCAACAACUUGUUAGCGGCGGCGAUUGAUGCCCGCAUGUUCCACGAAAAUACCCAAUCCGACAAGGCCUUGUUCAACCGCUUGUGUCCCACCCAAAAGGGAGCUCAGAAAUUCGCUCCCGUCAUGCUCAAGCGUCUUCAGAAAUUGGGCAUCAACAAGACUGAACCCAGCGAAUUAACGGAUGAAGAAAAGGCACGAUUUGCUCGUUUGGAUAUUGAUCCUGCCACGAUUACUUGGCAGCGUGUGAUGGAUACCAAUGAUCGCUUCUUGCGCAAAAUCACAGUGGGUCAGAGCCCAACAGAAAAGGGUCAAGCCCGGGAAACUGGAUUUGAUAUCACGGUGGCCAGUGAAAUCAUGGCCGUCCUCGCUUUGGCAACCGAUCUUCAAGAUAUGCGUCAGCGUCUUGGUAACAUGGUGGUGGCCAGUUCGAAAUCCGGCGAACCGAUUACGGCUGAUGAUAUCGGUAUUGGUGGUGCACUGACGGUACUCAUGAAGGAUGCCAUCAAGCCCAACAUUAUGCAGACCUUGGAAGGUACACCGGUGCUUGUUCACGCGGGACCUUUUGCCAACAUUGCUCACGGUAACUCGUCGGUUUUGGCCGACAAGAUUGCACUGAAACUGGCCGGUACCAGCAGUGACGAAAUGGAACCGGGCUAUGUGGUGACCGAAGCCGGAUUCGGCGCUGAUAUGGGCAUGGAGAAAUUCUUUGACAUCAAGUGUCGCGUGUCAGGUCUUGUUCCCGAUGCCGUGGUCAUUGUCGCUACGGUACGUGCCCUCAAAAUGCACGGUGGUGCUCCUGAAGUGGUCGCUGGCAAACCUUUGCCUGAUGCCUACACCGAAGAGAACCUCGAAUUCCUCGAAAAGGGUUGUGCCAACCUCGCCAAACACAUCCAAAACGCAAAGAAGUUUGGUAUGCCCGUCGUCGUGGCCGUCAACCGUUUCACAUCGGAUACCGAUGCUGAGAUGGAUGUGGUUCGCAAGGCAUCUUUGGCAGCCGGUGCGGAUGAUGCUGUGGCGUGCGAUCACUGGGCUCGGGGUGGUCUUGGUGCAGUUGAUUUGGGCAAGUCGGUGAUUGCGGCAUGCAACAAGGAAAAGGAGUUCAAAUUCCUGUACGAUGUGAACCAGUCGAUUGAAGCCAAGAUUGAGAUUAUUUGCAAAGAGAUCUACGGCGCGAAUGGAGUGGAAUUGAGCGAUUUGACCAAAGAAAAGAUCGCCACUUAUACCAAGCAAGGCUUUGGUCACUUGCCGAUUUGCAUGGCCAAGACGCAAUACAGCUUCAGUCACGAUCCUGCAUUGAAGGGUGUGCCCACGGGUUUCACGGUGCCCAUCCGUGAUAUUCGCGCCUCGGUCGGUGCAGGCUUCUUAUAUCCCUUGGUUGGUUCGAUGCAAACCAUGCCCGGUCUGCCUACACGACCUUGUUUCUUUGAUGUUGAUUUGGACGAAGCCGGUCAGGUCACUGGACUCUUUUAA